GAGUAAAAUCCGGUAACAUUCUCAAGAGAAGUAUCUGGUUUUCCCCUGAGUUUACUUGUUGAAUGAUACAAACACUGAAGUUUUGAUUUUUUUUCCUCGGUAAUUUCAAAACAUUUAUCGUCAACUUGGUGUAAAAUAUCUUAAUACUGUCUUCGUUAUUCCACUGUAUUUGGAUUGAGAAAAAUGCGGGACCGUACUAAGGAAUUGGGCAAUACCGCGGAGACGUCAGACGAAGAUGAAGAGGGAAGGGCACUCAUCACACAAGGAAAUUCUACGCUACGGGAAGAGAAGGAGAAUGAGGCGUUUUUCAAGAAGGUCCAAGAGAUCCGAGAGGGAAUGGAGACACUUAAAAGGAAGGUCUCUGACCUUGAGAAUAAACAGAAGACGGUGUUGGGUGUAGCACUGCCAGAGGAUGACAUGAAAAGGGAACUCCAAACCCUUAGGGAAGAAAUCAAAACGAUGGCAAUGCAGAUUCAAAGAAAACUAAAGACCAUUGAGCCGAAGAAAGGAGAUGAUGAUGGGAAAUACAUCCCCAUUAACCUGAGGAUGCAGAGAGCACAACACGGCAUCUUGUCUCGGGAAUUUGUGGAGUUAAUGGGUCACUGCAACACAAUCCAGGCGUCUUACAGAGAUCGCAAUGUGGAGAGGAUUCAGAGGCAGCUCAAAAUCACUGGCAGCAAUGUUACGGAUGAGCAGUUGGACUCGAUGCUGGAAACUGGACAGACUGAUGUUUUCACACAGAAUAUCCUGGUCGACGCUAAAGCCACUAGACAGGCUCUGAACGAGAUCGAGUCCCGGCAUGAUGAGAUCCUCAAACUGGAAAGGAGUAUCAGGGAUCUGCAUGACAUGUUCCAGUAUCUGGCCAUGGAGGUGGAGGCUCAGGGGGAGAUGGUGAACCGCAUUGAAGCCAACAUCAUCAACUCAACCAACUAUGUGGAAAAGGCCGUGGCAGACACGGCAAAGGCCGCCACCUACCACAACAAAGCACGCAAGAAGAAGAUGUGGAUCGCAUUAUGCUGCGCAAUUCUCCUCAUCAUUUUAGCCAUUUCAUUGGCUAUCUCCUUCUCUUGAGAUCCAGAACGUUGUUGCCUUCCUCUAACUCACUCUCCUGCCCCGGGACCCUGAAAAUAAAUCCUGUCUUACUGAUCUCACUGACCUCAUAACAAACACUAUGCUCAGACUUACCGCUGUAGACAGUAGACACCCCAAACAACUGUGGUCGGCGCUCACACACUAAAUCCACAAUUCUAAGCCAAGGACUUAUUCGGCCACCCCUGUGGCCACCUAUAUUUCACUGGCACCCUGAACGUACUUGGGUGGUCAACUUGUUACUCAACCUGUUGGACCUGUGCGUGUUCAUAUGCAAGGAUGCACGCGUGCAGUAUUGGAACAAGUCCGAGUUACUCAGGAAAACGAAUAGCUAAAAGGCGACUCUUAUUGUAUUAGUCUUUUAUUUUAUGUACAAAGCAAAAGAACAUUUUGGACUUACGACUUCUGGUUUUGGAAACGCAGACAUAGAUUAAUAUAAUUGUGUCGCCAUUAAGACCUACGCAGUUUUACGAAACUUCAAAGGUAUCUGAAACGGCUUCCGUGUAACCCUUGUACAUAGAUGCAGUUUUAUAAAGAAUGAUUGCCUCCGGAAAUUGAUGUCUCCAAUCAAGACGUUGCCUGAGCACAGCAAUGAAUGGCCCACUGCUCCAGUGUUGUCCCAUUCUCUUCAGUAUUUAUUUAUAUUUUGAAUAUUGUUGUGGAAGCUGCUACGUUAAGUCUGGAUACGAUAACAAUCAGUAACGGAAAUACCCAUAGUUGUGCCUUUCGCCCCUAGUUUAGUUUAUUUCGUGCUGACGGUCCACUCAGUUUUCUUUACGAUUGAGGUAGUGUAGUACACUAUCUUAUUUUAUGAAGGAAUUGAAACUGUUCUGCAAUUAUUCAGUGCUCUUCUGCUUAAAAAAAUUGAACCAUUAUUUUUUUUUGUUCUCAAGUUCAGAUAGGUCAGCCAUGGUGCUUUAUCCUAGCCUUUAUUCUCUGUGCUGACCAGCUCUAUGAAAUUACUGGCAAGGACAGAACUUAUAAAAAAGAGAAAUUGGAUGAAUGAGAGCAGUGAGGAACAUUGCUACUGUAUAUUGUGUGGCUGUUUAAUUUUGUAUCAAACUUUCAGCUCUUAUUUUAAUGUAGAACUUGUUUUUAAAUAAAAUUGCCUUUUAAAUGUU